CAUGCGAAGAGGGGACUGGCUCCACUCCACGCACGUGUCCAAGUUUUCUCUCCGUUAAUUCCUCAGUUCUAAAUUUAACAUCAAAAUUUACACCUUCACUUUUUUUGAAUUUACUAUUUUUUCGAUUUCUUCGUGCCUUUUCUGUUUGAGCGAAUUUCUGGAAAUCAUUAUCUAUCAUCUUUUCCCUUUGAAGUUUGAAUCAUAUCUCUGCUGGUUUCUGGAUAGUCUGGUUCCUUCCUUCUUCUACUUUAGACCUUAUUUGCAUGGAGGACAUUAAAAUUGCUGACCAAAUGCCACCCCCAGAGUCUUCUUUAUCCACCAUGGUUGAUAAUGAAGCUGCAACUAAAGCUCCAACAGCUCCACUUACCAAUGAAAAAGUAUCUGAAUUAUCAAAUAUGGAGAGUUCCAAAUCAGAACCUUUCCCUCCUCCUCCUACUUUAGACUUUGUUGGCAUGGAGGACAAUAAAAUUGCUGACCAAAUGCCACCUCCAAAGUCGUCUUUAUCCCCCAUGGUUGAUAAUGAUGCUCCAACCAAAGCUCCAUCAGCUCCAGUUACCAAUGAAAAAGUAUCUGAAUUGUCAAAUAUGGAGAGUUCCAAAUCAGAACUUUUCCCUCCUCCUCCUACUUUAGACUUUGUUGGCGUGGAGGACAAUAAACUUGCUGCCCAAGGGCCACCUCCAGAGUCUUUAUCCCCCAUGGUUGAUAAUGAUGCUCCAACCAAAGCUCCAAUAGCUCCAGUUAACAAUGAAAAAGUAUCUGAAUUAUCAAAUAUGGAGAAUUUAAAAUCAGAACCAUUCCCUCCUUCAACUUUAGACUUUGUUGGCAUGGAGGACAAUAAAAUUGCUGACCAAAUGCCACCUCCAGAGUCUUCUUUAUCCCCCAUGGUUGAUAAUGAUGCUCCAACCAAAGCUCCAACAGCUCCAAUUACCAAGGAAAAAGUGUCUGAAUUGUCAAAUAUGGAGAGUUCCAAAUCAGAACCAUUCCCUCCUACUUUAUAUUUUAUUGGCAAGGAGGGCAUUAAAAUUGCGGACCAAAUGUCUCCUCCAGAGUCUUCUUUAUCCCGCAUGGUUGAUAAUGAUGCUCCAACCAAAGCUCCAACAGCUCCAGUUACCAAUGGAAAAGUAUCUGAAUUGUCAACUAUGGAGAGUUCCAAAUCAGAACCAGUAUGUGAUGCUGCUGAUAAGCCAGUUUUGGAACAAGAACAAUAUCUUUCAACCGACAAUACCACGUCAACUUCAACAGUUUCAUCUAAUCAAUCAAAGAUUGAAGUCAUGCGUGACAACUCUGAUGAAAGCAAAUCCCAAGAUCUUGGCUCUGUUGGUGGUUCCUAUGAUCAUACUGAUGACAGUGAUACACCCUCUUCUUCCUCUCCUCGGAUACUAGAUUCUAGAAGUGACCAACGAGUAGAGCCAUCCGAUGAUCUAGACCUACCCCAUGCAAAGCUUGCCAGAAUGGCUGUGAGAGCCUCAACAACUGUCAAUUCUCCUAAGCAUAUUUAUAGUUCUCCUAGAAUAUAUGUCAAUUCUCCUAGAUAUGGUUUCGGUUCUCCUAGAAUCUAUGUCAAUUCUCCUAGAUAUGGUAUCAGUUCUCCUAAGCUAGUUAAUCAGGUUGACUUGAAGGGAGGUCUUAUUGAUACAACUGCACCUUUCGAGUCUGUUAAAGAGGCUGUUUCCAAAUUUGGAGGAAUUGUUGAUUGGAAAGCCCAUAGAAUGCAAACUAUGGAGAGACGCAAGUUUGUAGAGCUGGAACUGGAUAAGGCAGAAGAAGAGAUACCUGAGUAUAGAAAAAGGUCAGAGGCUGCUGAAGAGGAAAAGAGCGAAGUACUCAAGGAGCUUGACCACACGAAGAGACUAAUAGAAGAAUUGAAACUUAGUCUAGAGAGGGCACAAACUGAAGAACAGCAAGCAAAACAAGACUCUGAACUCGCCAAACUCAGGGUGGAAGAAAUGGAACAAGGGAUCGCUGAUGAUGCUAGUGUAGCAGCCAAGGCACAAUUUGAGGUUGCUCAAGCCAGGCAUACAGCUGCAGUUGAAGAGCUGAAAUCUGUAAAAGAAGAGUUGGAAUCACUUCAAAAGGAUUAUGCUGCUUUGGUGUCUGACAAAGACCUAGCCAUAAAGAAUGCAGAAGCAGCCGUUUUGGCUUCCAAGGAAGUUGAAAAAACAGUGGAGGAGCUGACUAUUGAGCUACUUGCAGCAAAGGAGUCCUUAGAGUCUGCACAUGCUGCCCAUCUGGAGGCUGAAGAGCAAAGAAUAGGAGCAGCUAUGGCCAGGGAUCAAGAUUCUCACUUUUGGGAGAAGGAAUUGAAGCAGGCAGAAGAGGAGCUCCAAAAACUUACCCAGCAAAUUCUUUUAACAAAGGAUCUCAAAUCAAAACUAGACACUGCUUCAGCCUUGCUACUUGAUUUGAAAGCUGAACUAGCAGCUUAUAUGGAAUCAAAAUUGAAAGAGGAAACUAAUGAAGACAGACAUUCAAAUGGUGAAUUAGAGGAAACAGAGAUGAAAUCUCAUACUGAGAUACAGGCAGCAGUUGCAUCAGCAAAGAAGGAACUUAAAGAAGUGAAACUAAACAUUGAGAAAGCCACUGCUGAAGUGAAUUGCUUGAAGGUGGCAGUCAUAUCAUUAAAAUCAGAGCUUGAAAAAGAGAAAUCAGCUCUUGCCAACAUUAGGCAGAGAGAAGGAAUGGCAUCAGUAGCUGUUGAUUCUUUGGAAGCUGAGCUGGACAGGACCAGGUCAGAGAUAGCACUUGUUCAGAUGAAGGAGAAAGAAGCUCAGCAGAAGAUGGUGGAACUUCCCAAGCAACUACAGCAAGCAGCACAAGAGGCAGACCAGGCAAAGUCAGUUGCUCAGAUGGCUCGUGAAGAGUUGCACAAGGUGAAGGAAGAAGCUGAGCAGGCAAAGGCUGGAGCAAGUACCACGGAGAGUAGGUUACUGGCUACUCAGAAGGAGAUAGAGGCUGCCAAGGCUUCAGAAAAAUUAGCUUUAGCAGCUGUCAAAGCAUUGCAAGAGAGUGAAGCGGCUAAGAGCACCAAUGAUGUGGAGUCACCCACUACUGGUGUUACACUUUCUGUAGAGGAGUAUUUUGAGCUCAGCAAGUGUGCCCAUGAGGCAGAGGAGCAAGCCAACAUGAGGGUGGCAACUGCCAUCUCUCAAAUUGAGGUAGCAAAAGAGUCUGAGUUGAGAAGCUUGGAGAAGUUGGAAGAAGUAAAUAAGGAGAUGGCUGCAAGAAAAGAAGCUCUGAAAUCUGCAAUGGAUAAGGCUGAGAAGGCCGUAGAAGGGAAGCUGGGUACUGAACAGGAGUUGAGAAAGCGGAGGGCUGAAAAUGAGCAACGAAGAAAAGCCGGUGAAUUUGGUCAAGAAAUUAACCCCGAUAACAGCCCAAAGCCUAGUUUUAAUGAGAGGAAAGAAUCAAAGAAUUAUGACGAAAUGGAAGAUGCUUCUGUUGAUCAUAUAUCAAAAAGUAACACUGAAAAUGAUUCAACUCCAGAAAAAAAGCAUCAUAAGAAAAAGAAAAGGUCACUGUUUCCACGUAUUUUUAUGUUUUUUGGCAGAAGAAGGUCACAUGCAUCCAAGUCAUCAAAUGCUCCCUGAGCAGUAUGUUAAAUAUUUUCCAGUUGUGAUUUUUCCUGUUUUCUGGGUUUUUUUUUUUUUACCCUACACAGUGAGCAUGUAAACUAGAUAUACGUGAAAAUUUUACUCCAAUGUAAAUACUGGAGUCUGUUGUAAUUUGUGUGUAUGAUAAAAUUGAUUGGAUUAUUAUACCUUUUGCUCAGAGAAAGGAUUGUAUGAAGGAGACUUCUGAUAUGUAAUUAGUGUAAAAGUUUAUCUUAUAUUAAUGAAAGAAUUUGGGAUCUUUGCCA